GCAACAAAUAAUAGCACACCAUCACCCACCACUCCAACCGUAACCCCGCCCACCCUUAUUACAACAACUGGUCAAUUUAAUACCUCAAGAAACAUAUCACCUUUAUUAAUACCCGAAUUACCCGCCACACCCUCCGAUUAUACACCCUCACCCCAGUAUCCGAGUCGCAAACGUUUCUCCAUACCAAAUUUGCUACCCAGUAGCGGUAGCCGACGAAAGCUUAGCAUAGAAAGCAUCACCCACCCGAUUCAAUCUCUGUUGGGCAUCAGCGAAGAACAAUGUCGACGAAGGAAUUCCCAACCCAACCUUAGAAGAUUUCGCAGCCGAACCGAUUCCAAUUAUAGUCUCGAUACACGUAGACACUCCCGCCAACUGUAUUCAAAAUCUCCCUCACGCAAACAUUCGCACAACUAUAAUCUCUAUCCGAAGGAUUCGUUCUACAAUUUGGAAGGUAAGGCACCCCGGCAGUCGUGUAAAAUGGAUACCAAAGUCGAUGCAGUGGGUCGCGUCACCGGCGAAUGGGGUAGAUGGCAGCUGCGCACAGUUCUGCUAAUAUUUUUAUGUAAAAUCCCCUCCUCAUGGUUUAUGGCUUGUAUUAUUUUUACGGCGCCGGCACCCAGACACGGUGAAUUCUUUUGUAAGCCACCACCCACAAUUGGCGCCAAAAAUCAAACGGCCUGGAUCAAAGUUUCACAUCCGCAAAAAGAAGAGUCCCAUGAUCAAGAAUUUGCCAUCGACUUUUGUAAUGUCUACAAAGAUGCUCAGGAACAUGCUCAUCAUUACUUUAACUAUGCCCAUCAGGAGGAUGAGCCGAAAGUUUGGCUGGAGCCCGAAUCGAUAAAGUCCGACGUUAUUCCCUGUAAGGAGUUUCAACACGAGGCGGAAUAUCAUUCGGUUAUAACGCAAUAUGAUUUGGUGUGUUCGCGUGAUAUUUUGGUGUCGGUAACGCAAUUCUUCCAUUUGUUUGGGGUGCUGUCGGGCGGCAUAUUGGCAAAUCAUUUGCUGAAAUAUUUCAGUCCGCGAAAUAUAAUGCUGUUCGGCAUGAUAACCCAAAUAUUGUGUGGCAAUUUAACGGGUCACGUCUCCUCCUAUGAGCUGCAUGUUUUCUUCCGUUGUCUCUCGGCUGUUUGUUGUGCCCAAAUGUACACGGCGGGCGGAAUGAUAAUGGCCGAUAUUACAGGUGGAACAUACAAAACCUGUGUCUCCACUUUGUUUGAGCAGUUCUGGUCAAUUGGAGUUAUAUUGUUGCCCGGUGUGGCAAGUUUCUUCGAUAGUUGGACUUAUUUAUAUAUGGCCAUUUCAUGGCCCACUGUGAUACUCAUUUACUUGUGGAGAUGGAUUCCCGAUUCUCCCAGAUGGAUGGUGGCUAGAGGUAGAGUUAUGGAGGCCAAACAAAUUUUAAUAGAUUGCGCCGAAUACAAUGGCACACGCCACAGUCUUCCCCAUGACAUCGAUCAACAAUUAGAGUUGCAGGCCCAGACGGCCAUGGAUGCCCCACCGCCAGCUGGUUGGUGGUCACUGUGGAAGGGCGAAAAGGCGGUACGCCACAUGAUAUGUGUCCAUUUGUGUUGGUCCAUCUACAUUGUCGUCUACUAUGGCAUGCUGCUGAAUAUUCGUUCCUUUAGCCGGGAACAUUUAGAAGUUAACACUGUGAUAGCCGGUAUUUCAGAAAUCAUCGGCACCUUUAUUGGUCUAUUUCUUAUUUUGAAAACAAAGCGUAAAUGGCAAUUGACUGGGGUGUUUAAUGUUUUGGCGGGUUGUAUUGCCUAUACGGCAUGGUGGGUGCCACAUGAUAGUAAGUUUCCCUUCAAUGCACGCGUCGCCUUACUCAUGCUAACAGCCAUGAUAUCGAAAAUAGCAAUAUCCUGCACCUUGGCCAUAUUGACUACCUGCACCGUGGAGUUGGUGAGCAAUGAAAAGAAAAAAAUCUGCGCCUUUUCCACAAUUUGCUGGGCCCGUUUCUGGCUGUUGGGGGCUCCCUUCAUUGGAUCCACUGUCGUCUUUGGCCAGCUGAUUCCCCAAACAGCCUUUGCCUCAUUGGCCAUUGUUGGUGGCCUGCUCAGUUCCCUAAUCUCUAGUCCACGCACAAUACCCAAGAAGAGAUCAUCACAGGCCAUGCAUAACAUGGCCACGGCCACACAGCUCAACAAUGCCCAGCUGGAUGGUGGCAUCGAUAACAAAGCCUUCUCCCAGGGACCCAUAUUUAGUAGUAUUAGCAGUAAAUUAAAUAAAUCGAAUCUACCUCCACCAAUGAUGCCUGGUAUUUGGACGACCAAGAGUCUUGAGGAUGGCAUCACGACAAAUACAAGCUUACCGCCAGCAUAAUUCUAUGGAAUCUCGAGUGUUUUAGACUCGAAUUUAGAA